AUGUCGUCUGCAUUGACUCCCGUCCUGACCAAGGACGCCUUUCCUCCUGCUGGUCCCUACAGUCAGGCCAUCAAAGCCGCCGGCCAGAUCUGGGUCGCCGGCCAGGUUCCUGCCGACAGCUCGGGAAAGGUGGUGACCGGUCCCAUUGCGGACCAGACCGCCCAGUGCUGCAAGAACAUCAAAGCUAUCUUGGAGGCCGCGGGGAGCGAGCUGGGCAAGAUUGUGAAAGUCAACGUCUUCUUGACCGACAUGAAGAACUUCCCGGAUAUGAACGUCGAGUACGCAAAAUGGUUCACCCACAAGCCAGCAAGAUCCUGUGUCGCCGUCCGAGAACUGCCCAUGGGCGUCGAUGUCGAGAUCGAGGUCGUGGCCCUCCAGUGA